AUGGCUGGUUCUGCUGGAGGAUUAGGAUUUCACCCACAUUUCCCAGGCUUCGCUCAUCGCUUCGUUGGUAAAACCUUAGGUGCUGCCAUGUGGUUCUGGAUGAUGUAUCGUGCUAAAGAAGACGGACCUGUUCUUUUGGGUUGGAGACAUCCUUGGGACCAUCACGGCGACGAUCACCAUGAUGAACACCAUUAG